AUGAAGAAAAAUCAAAAGGUAGUCCCCAAUGAAAGUCGUCGUCAGUCUCUUAGAGUCAGGAAACCGGACUCGGCUGCAAAAAAACCAGAACCGAGAGUUCAGAAGAGCAAGAAAAGCAGUAAGAAGAGUAAGAAGAGUAGGCCAGUGAGAGAGCCAGCGAGAGCACCGAGUGUAGAAUCGCUCUCAGUCUCAGAUGAGUCCAAAAGAGAGGGGUCCGAUAGGGAGGGGUCUGAAAGAGAGGAAAUGCAACCGAAUCAACCCCUUGAGUUCUACUUCAAAAGCAGCGAGUUCCCCCAGAGUUCGAAGAUACAAACUAAGUGCUUCGUGACCAGGACAGUAAAGCUCAUCAGGGAUAAGCCUGAGGCUGCGUGGUUCACAAGCCAUCCUCAGUUUCGACAUUUCUUCCACAUGCCAGACGAAGAUAACCUGAAGCUUCAGGGGAUGUGGAUGUUACUAUUGCGCACCAUUUGUACUCCAGAAGAUGAUGUUGCAUGGUUUGCGGUUAAUGGUGUACCCAUCCGCUAUUCUAUGAGGGAGCAUGCCCUCAUCUCUGGGUUAGACUGCAGUGAUUAUCCACCAAACUAUGAGAAGUUUGGAGGUUAUAAGUUUGUGGAUUAUUACUUCCAUGACAGAAAGAAGAUCACCAUCACUGAUGUGAAGCAGAAGAUGUUGUCUAUGCCGCCGUGUCCAGAUAGAUUGAAGAUGACAGUCUUGUUUUUUCUUGGUCGGGUUAUCAGAGGAAAGCCGAAGGAUGCUGGAAAUUUAGACGACUUCAUAUUAAGGAUGAUGGACGAUUUAGAUGCUUGCAGAUCAUUUCCCUGGGGUCGUCUAACGUUUGAGGAUGCAAUAAAGGAGAUUAAGCACGUGAUGAACCAUCUGAAGGGUGAAGUGAAAGAGGCAUGCGCCUUUCCUGGUUUCAUCAUCCCUUUAGAGGUUCUGGCUUUUGAGUGUAUUCCGGAUCUGGGGAAGACGUUUAGAAUCUAUUCAGAGGACGCCAGUGAAGAAUGUCCAAGGAUGUGUAAGAGCCGGUUUACAAAGUCCAGUCUUAGGGGUUAUCCUUUGGAAGACAUAUAUGCUGCGGUUGGAGAAACAAAGGUUAUCAACAGUGUCUUAGUUCCAACUAUUGGUGAGCAAAUUAUGCUGGCUCGUAUCAUUGAUGAGGAGCGAGAGUAUGACCGUCAGGGCAGCCCAAGUGAUACUUGGAACUACUGGUUAAAUGUGAAGCAGAAGAAUAUUUGGUGGGAAGAGCUAUAUGAGUUGGAUCAAGCUGCACGAGGAGUGUUGCCAAAAAAGAAAGACAAAGAGAAGGUGACGUUUGCAGAAGGAUCAUCCUCUAAUUCUGGAUUAGAUUCGAGGUUGCAAGGUCUGGAAGAGAGGAUUUUGGAGUUCAUGGGAGAAGGAUUUGCUGGACUUCACGUCACGGUGGAGACAAUGUUGGAGUCUCAAAGCUCAAGGAUGAGUGUUCUUGAAAAGAACCAGCGGCUUUUGAGAAGAAGGGCUAAGAAAAUAGAAGACAGGCUAACUUCUAUUGAGAGUAAAGUGGAGCCGAGUCAUGGUGAAGACAUGGAUUUUCGACAGUGGGACAAUGAUACAUAUGAAGAGAAGGACAAAGCUUGUUCUGAGAAGGAGAAAGCUAAUGCUGAGCACGAGGCUGGGAAAGAAAAAGAUAACAUCGAGAAUACUGAGGAAGAGGGUGAGAAAGAGGCUGAUGACAAUGCUCAGCAAGAGGGUGAGAAAGAGAAGGAAAAUAGUGAGGCUGAUGAGGAAGAAGACAGUGAGAGUGAAAGUGAAGAGUUGAAGCAAAUGAAGGAGAGAAGUAGAAGACAAGCUGCUAAAUUGUGGAAGGAAAUUGCGAAUGAAGAAAAGAUUGGAGGGAAACAUGAUGAAGAAGAAAGUGAAGAGAAAGAGGCUGAAACCAGUGAGGAAGAGAAUGAGAAUAAUGAUGAGAAAGAUGAAGAAAAAGUGGUGGAAUCUGAGGCUGAAGGGGAAGAUGAUCAAGUAGAGGUUGGAGGGAAAGAGGAUCAAGAAGAAGAAGUUGAAGGGAAAGAGGAUGAAGAAGAAGAAGUUGAAGGAAAAGAGUCUGAAACCAGGGAGAAAGAAAAGGAGAAAAAUGAGACUGAGGAGGUGGAAUCUGAGGCACGGGAGACAGAGAUAGAAAAAGGAACUCCGACACCACCACGUGGGAAUCAGACAGAGGGAACUCCCAAAGAUGAUGACAAUGAGCCUCGGGUUGAGACGAACAGAACCGGUGAAACUCCAACACCACCACAUGGGAGUCAGUCAGAGGGAACUCCCAAAGAUGAUGACAAUGAGCCUCGGGUUGAGACGAACAGAACCGGUGAAACUCCAACACCACCACGUGGGAGUCAGUCAGCGGGAACUCCAACACCGCCACGUGGUAGGACUAAGGCAAUGGCUGCAAGGAGACCAAUAAUUAGGCGUAUGGAGGAUGAACCUGGAAAAGGUGAGAAAGUUGUGGAAGAAGAGAAACAAAAGAAAGAGGCUGUGGAAACAGAGGAAAAAAGCAGGGAGAAAGUUGCGGAUGAAGAGAAAAAAAAGGAAGAGGUUGUGAAGGAACAUGCUGAGGAAGUUGUUGAGGAAUACAGUGAGGAAGAAAAGCAAAGGUGGAUCAUGGUCGUUUACAAGGAAGCACCGAGUCCUUGGAUCAUGUAUAGGUGCAAGGAGAAUGUCGUUGUUGCUGCACCUAAGAAGAGUGGCAGACCAAAGAGGAAAUCACAGUGGGUGCAGACUCCUUUCACGGAGGGGAAGAAGCGUAAAACAAAGCCUUAGGCUUUUAUGUAUUUGGGAUGAUAUGUAUUUUGGCUUUUAUGUAUUUGGGAUGUUAAGUAUUUUGGAUGUUUGAAACUUGGUAGUAGAAUGUUUGAACUUCAUAAUUUGGAUGUUUGAAACAGGUAUGGAAAACUAGAUUUACAAGUGUUACUAUGUCCAAAAACGAGUAAGAUAGAUAACUAGAAUUACUGGGUUUCUUACGCCUCAAAAGCACAAAAAAAGGAAAAAAGAUAUACCAAAAACUAGUAAACACAUGUAAAACACUAAAAAUGAAAAAAUAUUAUUUAAAAAGGAAUUAAAAAAUGCAUUUCACAUGUAAAACGUGCAGCCGUCAUAAAUAUCAAAAUAUUAUUUUUAACACUUAGUAAUACCUAUGGUAAUCCUCAAGGUGGUAGUAAUACUACCAUACACAUAGUAAGACUUUUGCAAUUUUUACGUUUUUCUAGUAAAACCAUCUCCGAGAUAAAUUUUUGGUAGUAGAACCAAAGACAUUUCCCUAUUAUUAUCGUCAUAGAAGAUAUUUACAUAAACAAUAUACCAGAAAUAUGUAUUUUGUUAAAUUCUCCUUACUAUAUUCUCUACCAUUCACAUACUAACAAUAAAAGUUAAGGAAGUUUUUGGGGAAACCGUUAAGAUUUUCUUAAAAUAUUGAAAAUAAUUAACAAAAAUAGUCUAAUCUAUAUAUUUAUCAUAGCCUACGAAUUUAAAAUAAUCAUAUAAAGAUAUUCUAAAUUACACAUAACCUAGUGAUAUAUAUUGGUUUCGAAUUGCACAUAAUAAUACCAGUAAAACUUAGUAAUCCAAAUUGCGCAUAAUAAUAUCAGUCAAACUCAGUAAUCCAAAUUUCACAUAAUAAUACCAGAAAUCUCUAGUAGUACAAAUUGCACAUAAUAAACCUAGUAAUCUUCCGUAAACCCUAGGUAGUACCUGAACCACUCCCACAUUCAAAAUACGAUGCCAUACCUUCUCCUCUGGCUCUGCCUCUGCCUCUGGCUCCUCUAGCUCCCCCUCUGCCUCUUUUUCCUCUUCCACGGGAUUCUCCUACUGAUGGAAAUCUUGUUUGUUGUAGUUUUCCUUUCUUCUUGUCAUAGUCUGGAGGAAGUAUUUUCUUUGCUUUAACAUCUUCUGGUAUAACCCAAUCAGACAUAUGAGGAACAUGAUAUAUGGUCCUGUGAUAAGCCAAAGCCCAUUGCUCCACCAAAUAGUAUUUUGAACAAUACUCAGAUAGAUGAAGUUCCCUUCCCGCUGCCUUAGACAUGAAUGUGGCAGCAGCCACUCCAUGCACACAAGGGUAUUUGUCUUUAUCAAAUUGCUCACAACUGCAAGUAUUCCUAGCCAUGUCAACAGUAUAAACCUUGCCGUCAGUACCAUGCACACUGUACUCAAGAUGGAAGCUGUUUAGUUCGUCAA